CCAGCGCCCAGGUAGCUGCGAGGAAACUUUUGCAGCGGCUGGGUAGCGGCUUGUUUCUUGCUCUGCAGGACCACUGCCAGACUUGCUGAGUCCCGGCACCGCUCCAUCUCUUAUUGCCACUCUCUCGUGCUCUCCUCGCUCCCCUGAGAAGCAGGAUGGCCGGGACCGUGCGCACCGCGUGCUUGCUGGUGGCGAUGCUGAUCGGCUUGGACUGCCUGGGACAGGCGCAGCCCCCGCCGCCUCCAGACGCCACCUGUCACCAGGUCCGCUCUUUCUUCCAGAGACUGCAGCCCGGACUCAAAUGGGUCCCUGAAACCCCUGUGCCAGGAUCAGAUUUGCAAGUAUGUCUCCCCAAGGGCCCAACAUGCUGCUCAAGAAAGAUGGAAGAAAAAUACCAACUUACAGCGCGGCUGAACAUGGAGCAGCUGCUCCAGUCUGCGAGUAUGGAGCUCAAGUUCUUAAUUAUUCAGAAUGCUGCGAUUUUCCAAGGAUGGGCAGCAAAUGAUGUCAUCUUUAGUCAUUUGCAGGGGAAUGACUGCAGCACAGGGUGGGACUCCUUCGGACUGAAGACCAGCUGGAGGUGA